AUGGAACUAAAUAACCUUGGAAAUUUUCCUAUAAAUGGUUCACCGCCGGAGAUUGCUGAUUAUCUUGAAUGCUUCGAUGCAUGGUGCAUUUCAAAGAAUGUUCGGGAUGACAAACUUCCAGCACAUUUCAUCACUGCUAUUGGGCUAGAUGCAUAUAGCCUAGUGAAGAAUCUGGCGUUUCCAGAUAAACCUAUUUCUCUGUCAUAUGACAAGAUUCGUGAACUUCUGAUACAUCACCUUCAUGUAACUACUUUUGAGACCAGAGAGAGGGCUCAAUUCAACAAACUGGUUCGUGCUCCCAACCAGAAGAUUAGAGACUUUAUUCUUCAACUCCAAAUACAAGCUUCAAAGUGUAACUUUGGAGAUCAGCUGCAUACUCAACUACGUGAUCGUCUAAUUGCUGGAAUCAAUAUUCCUAAGUUAGAGAAAGAGUUAAUUCAGAUUCCUUCUUGUACCUUUCAAACUGCUAAAGAUUUAUGUAUUACAUAUGAAGAUGUCAACAGUGAAUACUCUGCUCCCACUACGUCAGUAUCUGAUGUCAUGUUGUCCAAAGUCGAAAAUACAAGUGUUCAUGGAAAGCAAUCCAAACUGUCGUCCACAGGUAAUAGAAUGCAGCGAGAGAUCAAAAACAUUAAACCGUGUUUUUCCUGUGGAAAGUUACAUCUACGAAGCACUUGCCGUUUUCGGGGUGCUAAGUGUCACAAAUGUGGUAAAGUUGGACACAUCAAGACUGUUUGCAGAAGUUCGAAUACUUAUGUUACUCAGCAUUCUUAUAAUUCUCCCAAUCUGUCUAGUAAAAUGGAGUCAAUGUGUCUCUCAACUUUUCCAAAUACUCAAUCUCAUCUAAUGAAAACCUUCACUACAAGUUCAGAUGGCCAGAAGUCAUCAUUACAGAUAGUCCUAAUGCCAAAUUCACUCACAGAGCGUUGA